GGGCGUGCAAAAGUCCUUCCUGCCAAUCACUUCCUGAGGGGGUCUCCGUCUUUCUCUCUCUCGACGGCGCCUCCGGGAACCUGGUUAGUCUCUUCUGCCAUAGGGCAAAGUGGGGAGAAUGAAGAGUCCCAGGGGGCGGGGGCGGGGGGGACCCACCCCUCUGCGUUCUGGGGGCCACCCUGGGUCCCCACCCUGCCCUCUGCUCCUUUCCGUGGCUCCUCGGAGCUGUCAGCGGACUGCAGCAGCUGCAAUCGCAGGAAAGGCUUUGGCUGGGGGGCUAAAUUAUUAUUAUUAUUAUUAUUAUUAUUAUUAAUUUAUUAUUUAUACCCCGCCCAUCUGGCUGAGUCUCCCCAGCCACUCUGGGCGGCUUCCAACAAAACACUAAAAUAUAAUAACCUAUUAAACAUUAAAAGCUUCCCUAAACAGGGCUGCCUUCAGAAGUCUUUUAAAGAGAAGAUAGCUGCUUAUUUCCUUCACAUCUGGUGGGAGGGCGUUCCACAGGGCAGGCGCCACCACCGAGAAGGCCCUCUGCCUGGUUCCUUGUAACUUGGCUUCUCGCAGUGAGGGAACCACCAGAAGGCCCUCGGCGCUGGACCUCAGUGUCCGGGCUGAACGAUGGGGGAGCUGAUGGGUCUCAAGUCUACAGUGAUGCAAAGAUGGGGUUCAGCAUGCUGAGUGGACAAGACCGAGAGGGGGUCCAAAGGUCAAGUGGGGAGCAAAUGGGACUCCUCGACCCAGAAAGGGAGCCCAGCUAGGAGAAGGAAAACUCUGAUCCUGAACCUCCUUCAGGAGAAGAAAAGGCUGAGGAGUAAACCUUCCACAAACCCAGAGUGGAUUCCCUAAGGCGGUUGGAUGGCGCUUUGAACGCCUCCUCCCAGCACCUUCCGCAGUCACUUUGGUGCUGCUCACAAAGCAAAUUGACUUCACCCCCAGAGGUGCACUCCAUUGUUAAUUCUUCAAUUUGACUUUUAAAUUUAGAUCAACCAGGUGAAGCAAAAUGCCGAUAGGGUGUUUGUGCUUACCUACGCCAAAAUCUCAAGGGCUUUAUUUUCCCCACACUUGAUGCUUUAUGUUAUUGCUGCUGCUGCUGUUGUUGUUAUUAUUAAUAUUAUUAGAAUUAUACAAUCGUAGAAUUGUAGAGUUGGAAGGGAUGCCAAGGGCUGUCUAAUCUAAGGUUACCAGACAUCCCCGUUUCCCAGGGACAGUCCCCAGAUUUACAAAUCAGUCCUCUGACAAAAUCCAUCUAUUUAGUAGGAAGUUGAAGUGUCCCUGGAUUCACUGACAAAAAUCUGGUAACCUUAGUCUAGUCCAACCUUUUCGGUGCAGAAUCCAACUACUACUACACUGAUUACCCAAGGCAGAUUAAAAUUCAGUAUUAAUAAGAAUUAAACCAAGACUCAUCCACGCCUGCCCAAGGAACAUUUUUCUUCUCCUGACAGUGUGUCAAUCUUACAGCAAUGUAUUUGUUUUGUAGUAUUUUCUAGCACCUCUAAUUUGGACAGAUAAGACUUGGCAGAAGACUACAGGUUACUUCCAGUCUCUUGGGGGCUUCCUGAGAGCCCAGAUGGAUGAGCAAGACUCAGCUGCCCCUGAAGCAGGAAGAGGCCAUGUCAUCAAAACCGAGAGCAGUGGGGGAUUCUGGGAAAGCUCUGUGAAGAAGAUCCUGGGAGAGGAGGACAUUCUCCGCUCAGAUGUGCAGAGCCAGCAGCUCAGGCAGUUCUGCUACCAGGAGGCCGAAGGACCCCGAGAGGUUUGCAGCCGACUCUACUGCCUUUUCCGUCAGUGGUUGAAGCCAGAACAGCGUACGAAAGCCGAGAUGCUGGACCUGGUGAUCUUGGAGCAGUUCCUGGCUGUCCUUCCGCCAGAGAUGGAGAGCUGGGUGAGGGAAUGUGGAGCAGAGACCAGUUCCCAGGCGGUGGCCCUGGCCGAAGGAUUCCUCCUGAGUCAGGCAGAGGAGAGGAAGCAGGCAGAGCAGCAGGUGAGAGAGACUUUCCUCUAGAUACUCCCAGGGUCUUCCAUCAUGAGGGAGAGGACCCCCAAAUUCUCAGCUAAUGGCUCUUCUUUUUUGGAAAGUGUUCAAGGAAUGAGAUCUGAUACCCCUAAAUUGUUUGCUUCUGCCAUUCCUUUUCUAACCCUUCUCCUCAUUCUCUGUUUGGAAUCCUUGUUGAGGUUCCUGCUUUGCAGGGAGUUGGACAAGAUGGCCCUUGGAAUCCCUUCCAACUCUAACAUUCUAUGAUUCUUUUAUUUCAGGGAAAGGAUCUGUUUGCAGAAAUGGGCCGGUAUUCCUCUGAGACAGAGAGAACUCCGUUGGACACCAGAGAGAGGCCACAGGGUAUGGAGGAUUGAGUUGUUUUUCUGUUUGGUCACAUUCCGUGAAUCCUGAAACUCAUCCAGGGGUUCCUUGAAUCUUCUUGGGGGAAAGCCCCAAGGAAGGGAAGACGCUAAAAUACGAAAUGGGUACAAACGUCCAAAUGCACUCUGCGGGUGAGUUUCUAAGGCCCAUCUGUCGUUAGAGCUUCACUGCUUCACCUCUGAGAGAAGCAUGCACACCUGGCUUCACACUUACCUUUGUCUCUUGCAGGUGACGGAAGGAUGUUGGCAAGACCUCCUCAUUCAUCUUUUCAUGGGGGUGGAGGGAAAGCAGCCGCUGUGGAACCAGAUCAGGUAGCAGGAAUGAGCAUAUUGUGGGAAGAGGCUGAUGGGUGGGAUAGUCAGGGUGCCUCUGGGCCCAAGCAAAUCUCACUCUUCCUCCACUUUGUUUCUGGCCAAGCUGCCCUGAACAAAGACCAAAUAGGCCUUUCUAGAAGGUCACGGUGCUGAAAAUAAGGAACAGCCGCCUUGCCUCAACUAGCCUUACUGUUGCUUGCAUUAUUUCUCGGUCACCGUUUUCUUUCUUUAUUGUUGAAUACUACUAUAAUAGGCUUCUAAGCCGUUGAGAAACCAUAAAAACAGUAGCCAGGACUCACCUUCAGGGCUUUCCUAGGUCUCCUUUUGCUUCCCAUUUGCCCCCUGAAGAACAGCACACAGAGAGAGUACAGAGGGGAUCCUCCCCCUCCCCCCCCCGGCAAAUUGGAACACUUGUGCCAAGAGAAUGAUUUGAGGAACACCAUGUUCAGUUCCACCCAUUUACAACAAAAUUAAUACGCACCAUUGAAAGACACAAUAGAAGAAUUCAUUUAAAAUAUAAAAAUAAUAAUCCAUAACUAAAAUGUGCAGCAAAUCAAUUCCUUUAAAACAACACAGCCAUUAACAGGCAGAAAACAGCAGAUCAAUGUCUAGUCGAUCAUCUUUACGCUAUAUGAGGACAUUUCCCUUUUUCUUUUAGGGUUCAGUGCGCUUUGAAGAUAUCACUGUUCCUUUCACAGAUGAGGAGUGGGUGUUGCUGGAUCCUGAACAGAAAGCUCUGCAUAAGGAAGUCAUGGAGCAGAAUCGUGAGAUGAUGGACUUGUCGGGAUUUCGGUCCCUACGAGCUGCACGAGCUGCCAGGAAGCAGCAAAAGCUAAAAGGUGGUUGUUUACAUCAGGUGUAGCUGACCGGGGGAAAGGAAGUCUGAGCCAGUUCUCAGACUGUCCUCAGUGUAACCGGGGUGGAGUUACACUUCUUUCUUCCGCUCCUGGACUGGAGCAGUGUUGAGUCGGAGAACUCUAAGCUGGACUGCUCAGGACGUGCAGUCGUGUGUAUUUUCUAUGCAGUUUUAAUAAAGUAGAUGAAGUCUAUGAACUGCCUUUUCUUCUGAUGUUUGCUCAGGAGAAAUUGGUGUGCUUUUCUCAUAAGAGACAAGUCGCCUAAUUAUCGGUCUCUCUGGACUAAAGGAGGAUUCCUGGAUGGUAGCCAGAGAGUGACCACCGGACUAAUCGCCCCGGAGUGCUUUGGGAUGCUGGCAAUGCUCCCGGGCGGGCGAUCUUCCAACAGGACUUUCUCGGUAAAGCUCCCCGUUGAAUCAUAAUACAGUCAUACCUCGUGUUGCGUACGCUCCGUGUUGCGUACGUUUGGGAUAGCACGCUCACUGCCUGGAAGUGUUUCCGGAACACGCGUGACCCGGAUGCGCGGAACACUUCUGCACACUUUGCGCAUGUACAGAAGCACCCAAAUCACGCUACUUCUGGGUUUUUUGUUUUUGUUUUCGUGCGUUCGCGUUACGUAGCAUGAUCCGGAACGGAUCGCAUACGUAACACAUGGUUCCACUGUAUGUUCUGAAAUGUAAUAUGUAUAUCUCUAUGUGACAAACCUCUAAUAUUUUUAUGGAGCUCAACAGUACCACCUACAAUAUUUGUGACUCUUAACACCCGUACAGAACAUUUUGAAUAGGGAGCUAUCUACUGUUUCAUCUGUGACCAUUCUUUCUCCAGGUAAAAGAAAAAUCCUUCCUAAGGUGCCACUGGAAGGAGUUUUUUAUUUUGUUUCACCUACGGCAGACCAACACAGCUACCUACCUGUAACUAUUCUUCCUCCAGGUAUUAUUACUACUAUUGUUAUUAUUCUUUUUAUUUCAGAUUAAAAAAACCUCAAAGCAGUUUACAAACUAUGUUAAAAGUCAAAUAAAAGAAUCCAGAAUAAAACAGUACAUCAGAAAGUCAGCCUAGUCUGAACUGCCAAGGCCUUUCCAAACGUAGGCUUUAGACUUGUUAGUUUCUCCAGUAGUUUCUCCUUGGCUCUUUUGAUGUUGCAUCUGUCCAUUUUUUGUGGACCAAUGAGGCUACUGACCUUGGAGAUGAAGCGGAUUCAAUGAUAGGACCAAGUAAAAUCUUAUCUGAGAAAAGAGCCAGGUUUUCUAAUUUCAGGAUCUCAUAAAUAUCAUCCUUGAUGCCAGUCAACAAAGCUAAUGAGCCCUUUAGUAAGACCUCACAGAUAACUCCCUUCAGUUCUUCCCUUAUGAAAAGCACUCGUUGUUAGCAUUUCACCCCUCCCUUCUGGGAGAAUCGUAUGAUCUGGUGGUCAGGGAGAAGGGGGAGGGAACUGUGUCUUUAAUCUUCUUUUUCCUGACUCUGAGCCUCCUGUUUAGGGAGAGUGAUUUCAUCUCUGCUGUAGAUAAGAUGUGUGAGUAAGAAGCUAUACCACACAGUCUGUAUAUUCUGUAAAUAAUUCUGUAGCUUGUAGUAAUCAAGAAGAACUGCUUCAAAACUUUUGCAGCCCCAUCUACGUUUAUUGAACCUCUGGCGGUGGGGCUCAUAACGCACAGUUGUGAGUCCAGGUUUCCGGAUUAUGCUGAAGGUGUUCCAGUCUUCCUGCCUAGCCCAGUUGGGGUGCAUAUCGGGUUCCAGAUGUGGACAGAUCCUGGCAUCAAUCCACACUCAUUAGCAUUGUUCAACCAUUGAGGGCUAAAUUUCCUCCUGAGGCCCUGAUCUGUUUUUCUCUUUGUUGCAGGUGGUGAUCAAUUAGAAAUGAAAAACAAGGGAGAAACCGGGGAGAAACUAUAUCGGUGUUUGGAAUGUGGAAGGAGAUUCAGUCAGGAAUCCCAACUCAUGUCCCAUCAAAGAAUCCACACUGGGCGCAAACCCUAUCAGUGCUUGGAAUGCGGAAAUACCUAUAGUCACAGAAGCACUCUCAUUGCCCAUCAAAGAAUUCAUACAGGGCAGAAACCUUAUCGGUGCUGGGACUGUGGAAAGGGUUUCAAUCAGAGGGCCAGUCUCGUGGCACAUCGAAGACUUCAUACUGGGGAGAAACCCUAUCACUGCCAGGACUGUGGGAAGUGUUUCAGUCAGAGGAACAGUCUCGUGGUACAUCGAAGAACUCAUACUGGGGAGAAAUCCUAUCAGUGCUUGGAAUGUGGAAAGUGCUUCAGUCACAGCUUCACUCUCACUUGCCACCAAAAAACUCAUACUGGGGAGAAAUCCUAUCAGUGCUUGGAAUGUGGAAGGAGCUUCAGUCAGAAGUCCGGUCUCACUUCCCAUCAAAGAACCCAUACUGGGGAGAAACCCUAUCAGUGCUUGGAAUGUGGGAUGAGGUUCAAUCGGAAGGGCAGUCUCACUGCCCAUCAAAGAAUUCAUACUGGGGAGAAACCAUAUCAGUGCUUGGAAUGUGGAAAGAGCUUCAGUCAGAACUCCACUCUCAUUACCCAUCAAAGAAGUCAUUGUGGGAAAAACUAACAAUGAUUGGAAUAUGUACUGAGCUUCAGUCAGAGCUCCUCUCUCACUUCCCAUGAAAUAAUUUACAUGGGGGGAAACCUUAUCAGUGCUUCAAAUACAGAAAGAAUUCCGCAAUCUCGCUGCCCACCAGUGAACUCACAAUCAGGAGAAGCCAUAACCAUGGCUGUGUACAGAACUAAAUUUUAGGGGACUUUACUUAAUAGGAAGAUGAGGAUUGCAACUGUGUUUUUGACCUUUGGGGACCCAGCACAGAAGUCGACCGUGUCUUUAAGGACCAUGGAGUAUGGGUAUGCCAAUAAUAAGGGCAAUAAAAGCAAUUUAUAACAAUCAGACGGCAAAUUUGAUUAUAAAUAAUGAGUUGACUGAAUAUUUUCCAAUCCAAAAGGGGACUAGGCAGGGAUGCCCUCUCUCCUCUUCUUUAUACUUACCUUGGAGGUUCUGAAUGAGGUAAUGAGGGAGGGAUAGAAUAAAAUUAGGAAGAAACUCAUAUCAACUUAGAGCCUUUGCUGAUGACAUGCUGAUAAUGAUAGAGGAACCAGUAGAUAGUAUACAAGAAUUAAUGGCAAGGAUAGAAGAUUUUGGGAGAGUGGCGGGGCUCAAAGUAAACAAAGAAAAAACUAAGGUCAUGGUUAAAAAUUUGGGUAAACAGAGGAAAAAAUUAAUACAAGAGAGGAAUGGUCUUCAAAUUGUAAAAAAAGCAAAAUAUCUUGGAAUUCAAAUAACAUUGAAAAAUAUUGAAUUAUUUGAAGAGUAUUACAAUAAAAUUUGGAAAGGAAUCAAAAAGCAAUUGGACAUUUGGCAAAGAUUAAAAUUGUCACUUUGGGGAAGGAUUUCUACGAUAAAAAUGAUUGUAUUACUGAAAUUGUUAUUUUUAUUUCAAAUGCUCCCAAUAACCAGUAAUUACCAGAUAUUUGAAGGAUGGAGGAAGGAUAUUACAGUUUGUUUGGCAAGGAAAGAAGCCAAGGAUAAAGUAUAAAAUAUUAACAGAUUCCAAAGAAGGGGGGGGGGGGAGUUUGAAUUACCUAAUUUGAAACUUUAUUUAAUUUUGCGGCCAGUUUCGGGUGGGUUAAAGAUUGGAUUUUGCUGAGGAAUGUGGAGAUCUUAGAUAUUGAGGGGUGGAACAACCGAUUUGGUUGGCACUUAUAUUUGGCAUAUGGUAAAGUGUUAAAUAAUAAAGAUUUCUUAAAUUGUGUAAUAAGAAGGCCCAUAUAUAAAGUUUGGGAAAGUCAUCGUUGGUUACUUGAACCGAAAACACCCUGGUGGGUUUCACCACCAGAGGUGAUAGGAAUUAAAAAAUUGAACAUGGGAAAGAACUGGCCAACCUACCAAGUAACAAAAGAACAAGGUAUUUUAACAUUAAGAGCAUAUGAAGAAAUUAAAGAGGAUUGCAGUAGUUGGCUCCAUUAUCAUCAAAUAGCAAAUUUGUUUAAAGAGGAUAAAAAACAGGGUUUUGAACAGGGGAUCUCAAAGUUACAAAAGGAAUUAUUACAAUCGGAUAAAAAGAUAAUAUCAGGAAUGUACAAUUUAUGAUGGGAGUGUGAUCUAAAAGAUGAAGUCAUAAAGGAAUCAACAAUAAAAUGGGCGCAUGACCUGGGCAAAACAAUAUACCUAGAAAACUGGGAAAGAUUAUGGACCCAAGAUAUAAACUUUACUGCUUGCUACCUGAUAAGAGAAAAUAUGAAAAUGUGCCACCGAUGGUAUGAUACACCAGUGAAACUGGCCAAAAUAUAUAAAAAUUAUUCAAACAAAUGUUGGAGAUGCAAUGCAGAAGUGGGAACCCUAAUUCACAUGUGGGGGUGUAGGCUAAUAAAACAGUUUUGGAUAAGGAUUCAUGAAGAAUUGGGGGGGGGGAUUAAGAUUACAAUUCAUAAAAAAUCAGAAGUAUAUUUAUUGGGACUACUAACAGAUGAUAUUCCUAAAAACCAGAAGAAUAUAUUCCUAUAUGGAACAGCGGCAGCAAGAUUAUUGGUUGCAAAAAACUGGAAAACAAUAGUACCAGAGCUAUCGGAAUGGAGAUCCAAAAUUUGUGAAUUCAUGAGCAUGGCAAAAUUAACAGUGACAGUGAGAGGAGGCUUCACUCAGAAGGUCAAUAAAGAAUGGGAAUGUGUUGAAACAUAUAUGGAAAGGGUUGGAAAGGUAAGCUAAUUAUUAGCAAAUAUUAUUAGUAAAAAAUUGUAACUAUAUCACAAGGUAAAUGAAUAAAAAUAAGAAAAAAUAGUUUAUUAAAGGAAUUUAAAUAGAACAGCAGAAUAAUAUAAGAACAACAAGAUUGCAUAUAGGUGAGGGAAGUAGGGAGGAGGGGGAGGGAGAAGAAAUAUUAAAGAUUAAAAUAAUAUAGGAUGUAGUAUGGGUUUGUUUGCUGAUUUGUGUGUUUAUUUUUGUCUGUAUGCUUUGUUAUGGUUAUCAAUAAAGUUAUUUAAAAAAAUUAAAAA